ACGAAAGCUAGUGGAUACUAGCUAGCUGAAACGUCUGACGUUUUCAAAAUCAUAUCCAGUUGCUUGAGUAACUGCUUUUUGGUGAUCUCUAUAUAGACUAGAACUAGGGCUACUGCGCUUGCGCGGAUUUCUGACCUUUGACCGAGUUACCCAAUGUGCACCGGGAGUUAGAAUUCACCCUGUACCUGCACCCUGGUCUGCCGUGCUGCUGUGAAGGGUCCCCUAGCUGAACAGAAACCAUGGCGAACGCAGAGAGUCCCGGUCAGCCUCCGGACGGCGGUUGGGGCUGGAUGGUGGUUCUGGCCGGGUUCAUCGUCUACGGCUGUACGGGGGGAAUGUUCCGCUCCCUCGGAGUCUUCUUCCUGACGUUCAGCCAAGAGUUUCACGCCAGCGCCGCGGAGACGGCGUGGAUAACCUCUAUCCUGAUGAGCGUCACGUUUUCCCUAGCUCCGGUUGGCACUGCCUUAGCAAGCACCAUAGGUUUCCGUCCGACCAUCAUGUUGGGAGGGGUUUUAUCAGCAGCCGGCUACAUCACCAGUCGUUUUGCGACCCGUAUAAUUCACUUGUACUUAGGAAUUGGAUGUCUCUCUGGCCUUGGACAUGCCCUUACUCUUAGUCCUGCUACGGCGAUUGUCGGGCAGUAUUUUACCAAAAGACGAGCCAUGGCCAACAGCCUGACCGCAGUAGGAGCUAGCGUUGCAUCCAUGGCGUUCCCGCCACUUUUCCAGUACCUGAUGGACGAGUUCGGUUGGAAGGACGCCCUGCCCAUUAUAGGCGGCAUGAUGCUGAGUAUGGUUGUAGCUGGAGCCAUGAUCAGACCUCUCGAGGCUUACAGAGACAGGAAGGUCAAAAAUUGUCCCGGAGACAGCGGAAUAAACGACUCAGACACAGUCUUGGAACCUGGCACGACAGAGAAGUGUUCCGCAGCUGCAACGAACUUUCUGAAAACGUUUUGGGCACAGAUGGACUUUAAAGUGAUCUUGAUACCUUCUGUGGCCCUGUUCUUGGCGUCCUGUUUCAUGAUGAAUUUUUGCCUCUUCUUGCCGUCCCUGUACAUCGUCCCUCGCGCCAAGCAGCUUCAGAUCGAGGACUACGCGGCGGCGUCCCUCCUCUCAGUCAGUUCAAUCGCAGACAUGGUCAGUCGGUUAGCAGUCGGGGCCAUCCCGGACAACUCACGGUUCAACCGGUUUGACCAGUACGGGCUGAGUCUGUGCCUGUUGGGCAUCACCAACCUCCUGUCUCCCCUCGCCAAGACGUACCCGGCGCUCGUGGCGUACGCUAUCGCACACGGGGUGUUCUACGGCGGGUUUUUACCGACGCUACUGACUUGUGUGGCCGAACUCGUCGGCCCGAAGCGUCUUCCCAGUGCAAUUGGAGUUAUGAUGUCAAUACAGGGGAUUGCAUCGCUGGCCGGGCCACCGUUUGCAGGCUGGCUGUUCGACGAGACCCAAAGUUACGACGCCACGUUCCUCCUAGCCGGCGCCGGUUUCCUGCUGGCCGGGCUCUUGCCGUUCCUCCUGCGGCUCAGGAAGAAACGGCCGGCGGACACGACGGAGGAGUCGACGGACUCGCCACAAACAGUGAGGGGGAAAAAUGAGACUGUAUCGGUACCUUAACGUGAAACCGCCGUGUGAUCAUUGUUGCAAUUUAUCAGUGAAAUGCAGUGGGCUACAUAUUAUCCAACAAAGUACUAGUUACAUAACAUGAUGUUGAUGACUAAUAUUUGCCACCACAGCUACUAAUGAUACCUAAUAGUAUAUAACAUAAUUGGUUCUUGCACUAUGCAUGUACAAUUUAUCUACAGGAAUUGGUAGCAAAUGUAAACACUCUAGAAUGUAUAUUUUAAUCAACAUAUAUGUACGUACGGUAUGUGUGACACGACGAGAACGUGUAUUAUUUCUUGUCGCUGUCAAUGUUCUUUUUUUAAAACUUUUCCGUGUCCGCCACGGCACUUUAUUAAAUACAAAUGUUCAGUGAUACAUGUAUGUUAUAACAAAUUCUCAACAAA